AUGUUUUUGGCAUAUAGACCAAGAGGAAAAUUAAGAGUUAAAAAAAGUUCUGUUUACGAAAAAGAGUUGGAAGGUCACCUAGAUUUAAAGGGUUUCACAAAUUUAGAAAAAUUAGAUUGUUCCCAUAAUCAGCUCGCUGAAUUAGAUUUAACCGGCUUAGUUCAACUAGAAAAAAUUAAUUGCAAUGACAACUAUUUAAAUAAUUUCGAUUAUCUAUCCUUGAAUCCUAAUAAAUUAACUUACCUAAACAUUAGUGAUAAUAAUCUUCCAAGUCAAGACCUAACUUGUUUUAAAUCUCUAAAAUACUUAAACAAAUUAGAGAGAGUUUUUAUUAGUAAUACUGAUAUUAAUAAUGGGGUUAAUUACCUACCUAAUAGUAUUAGAAGAAUUUCUUAUUCGACUAAUGAAAGACCAGAAAGUAAAGUAGGAGAAAUAGCGGAACAAUUAAAAAGGUUAGAUUGCUCAAGAAACCAACUUACUAAUAUAAAAAUCGAUAAUCUUCCUAGGCUUAAUCACUUUGAUGCCUAUUACAAUAAACUUAGUACCUUAGUUAUAAAUAAUUGUCCAGAGAUUAGUUAUUUUGAUAUUGCAAAUAACUUUCUUUCUAACUUAGAUUUUCUUGAUAAACUAAACAAUAACAAGUUGAUUAGGUUAUACAUGAGUAAUAAUGAUUUUCUCCGCCAGGAUAUAGCCAUUUUUAGUAAAUUUAUUAGUUUGGAGGAACUUCGAGCAUCAGGUAAUAAUUUUUAUGGAAACCUACAAUCUUUAAAAAAUUUGAAAAAAUUAAAGAAUUUAAUCGUGGCCGAUACAGAAGUAGAUAGUGGUUUUGAAUAUUUGCCUGACAACUUGAGCGGAAUUUCUUCAAUUCUCUUGAAAGAAGAUCCAAAAAAGGACACUAAUGGUUUUAAAUUGGUAGGGUGGACAGAACCAACUAAAUUAGAAAAAAUCAACCCUGAGUUAAAUAUUUAUGAUGUAUUGAGUAAUGUUUUCUUUAACGUAAGAACUGGCGACUUUGAAGGCGAUAUACAAGGAUUAAUUUCUUUAAUACAAAUUAAUAAAUUUAUCAUUGAAGAAAAAGAACAAGAAAUCAAUUUCCUUAAACUUAGAAUUCAAGAGUUAACCGAAAUAGAAGAAGAAUUGGAGAAUAAGUUAGAGAAUAGAUUAAAGAAAAAAGUUCUAGAAGGCGAAUCAAUAAGCAAACUAAGUGAUGAUACUAUGAAUGAAAUAAGAAACAACAGUAAUUAUUUACAGAAAGAGAAAAAUGAGAAACUAGUCACUUUUCAACAAAACGAAGAAAAUGAUAAUAGUAAUAAGAAGAUAAUUGAAUUAUUGAUUAAGAAAAGUAAAAAACACGAACAUCCAGCUGCAGAGAUGUAUAACAAUAUUUAUACUUUUGAUUUGCCAUCACUUUCCCAGAAUUAUAAAAACGUAGCAAGGAGAAAAAUAACUUUUUUGUCUCAAACAAACCCUAACGAUUAUAUUAAACCUUAUGAUAUUGUCAAAAGAAAGAUUGAUAAGUUUGGUAUGACUCACCAUUAUGCUGUUUACUUAGGAAAUAAUGAAGAAGGAGUGCCAGAAGUAGUUCAUAUUUACAACUUAGAAGAAGGAAAAAAAAGCGGAAAAGAUUUGGGAGCUAGAAUUGAUACUUGGGAAAGAUUUUUAGAUGGUAAAAGAGAGGUAGAAAUCUGUCAUCCUUUUGUCCCGUUCAAAAGACCUGAAUUAAUCCGAGAACAUAUCGAAAUAGCAGUCAAAGCUGGAUAUGGUAAGGGAGAGUAUCAUUUACUCAAGGACAACUGUGAGCAUUUUGCUACCAUGUGUGUCUAUGGUUUAGGCAUGUCGCAACAAGCUAAAAGUAAAAUAGGGAAAGCUGACUAUUUAUUACAAGCUAUCAAAGAAAGUAAUGAUUUUUUUAAGCAACUAGAAACUAGACAAGUAAAGAAAAAAAGCACAUCUGACUCAGAAGGAUCAGACACAUUAACCAAUAGUAGUUGGGAAGUUGUUCAGCAGUUAGUAGAAAGUCCUCAAGAAGAAAAGUACGAUUCCUGA